AUGCAGGGGGAGUUUUUAUUUUCUGUCCCACAGAUACGGGAAAUAGACAUGGAUUCCACGACUAGCAAGGAGAGCUGCAGCAGUAGUGCUUCGUCCCGAUCCACGUCGGUAUCGUCUAGCGGCCGACGGUCGGGUUCGCGGCGAAUUCGCAGAGGUGUUUUGUCGGAAAAAGAGAGAAAACGCCGUCCGACCUCUCGGAAGAACUACGCCGAUCACGUGCCGAUGUUUCGAAACCCGCGACGCCCGACGACUAUUCUGCUUGAGCCCUUUCCCAACCGCCGACUGCGUUCCAUGUGUAUUGCGGGGGGAUUGCUCGUGACAGCACAUCGAAACGGCAUCCGUGUAUACCGUCAACGUUAUCUUACUGCGCCAAAUAUGGCGAGCGCCAGGAGUUCUGGCGGCACAUGUGACGGGGAAAACAAUUGUGUGGGUGGCGAUAAUCCUCCUGACAUGCGUACGGGGAUGUGGGAGGCUGUUGAGAGCAGAGAUAGUUUCCAGCUUCAGGAUGCGUAUCUGUGUGUCGGUGCGGAGUCGGUAUUUAGCCGGGAACGCGUCCUUCCGCUGAAGUGGAAUCGAUAUCUGGCCGUGGCAUGCGGUAGCGACCGCACGCAUUUUAGCGUUUGUGUAUUGAGCACCGCUGCUCACUUUUUGCUUCACCACGAGUUGCACGCAAAGAACAGGGUGGUGGCGCUUCAUUUUGCUCUUGUUGCGAUGGAUGCGAAACCGGGCAGUAGACAUUACCAGCCGUUUGUUGUGAGUGUGGAUGAGGUGGGUGAGGUGGUCAUCUUUGACGUUGAACAUGAUCAUGCGGUGAAGCUGAUUGCACCCACAUCCACGCCUGUUUCUGCGUCUCCGCCCACCAAUGAGACGCUCACUGAUGACAGGAAUGAAGAAGAAUCUCCGGACGUCAUCUUCUGCGAGGAAAAUAGCAACAGGAAGGAUAAUAAAAGUAACAACAACAACAACACCGACGAGGAUGGUGCGGGUGAUCGCAUUGGCGGCGACGAUGCCCCGCUUUUUUCUUCCAAUAAGAAUAACGGAACGUUAAGAUCGCGGGGCAAAGAUAUUACUGGUGAUUGUGGAGGCAGGGAUAAUGGUACCGGCUCUGUGCUGCGAUCAUAUCGUCUUGAUGCCGGUAUGGCUACAAAUGUCUGUCUCCUUGGCCCUUGCCAGGUUUACUGCAGGCAAUGCUGCGACGUGCCCAUCGAGCCUGGGAAUCUUGUCAUGAGUAUUUACAUCUCCUCGCGUGCCUAUGGUUCGGAGGGACAGGCGGAAAUGCACGUUUCGCAUUUCCGUUUCCGCUGGUGUUUCUCGCCACCACGAGCCAUCGUGCUUAGCGAGACCCCCAUUCUGCGGGAGGGAGCUCCGGAAGAUGUAUGCGACAUUGGUGUUGCAAUGAUGCGUGUUCCCUUUCACGAGGAACUGCCGCUGAGCUUUACGAUUGGCCGGCCGCGACUUCGUUUUUGGAGUCUGAGCGGCUGUACGGGAAAGCUCCUACAUCUUCACCGCGUAUAUCAUGAUAAAGACGGGAGUGGAAAGGGAGCACGAACAGUGAAGGAGCAUUUUCUGCGUGUGGUGCCGCUCGGUCGUCAUAUCUUACUGCAAGACAUCAACACCUCGUGGCUUUGCAUUGCCGCUCUUACCGACGAUGACGUGAUCCUUUUGUUGGGGAGGGAGCCGCAGCCAGCCCGCCGUAAAACUCCCACACGCGCACAGGAUCCGUCCCCUGCAGUGGUAGCGGCGGGGGUGGUGGAUGGCCGGGACGCAUUGGAGAAGUGGCUGGAGGAUGUAGACGACAAGAAGGAGAAAUCCCCGUCUCCGAGGGGACGGCAACUAAAACCAUCAAAGGACGUUACCGCGGACGUUGUGCCGUUGCCGCGUGCAUCGUCCCCGCUGAAAUUCAUGGACCCGGAUCAAGAUUAUACUGUUCUCAUGAUGUUGACAGCACCAGGGACUCUUGGCGCCACGGCCAACUCGAGUCCGGACCGAUACGUUCCCCCCACACGCAUAUUGCUUUACGUACCGCAGAGCAAUG